AUGGGCACUGCCUUUGAGAAACCAUUGUCACUCCAGUACAUCAAUGAUGAGGUACCGAGGACUCCUGAAAGCGCGAUCACACGAAGAAUCUCAACACCAGGGGCUCCUGUGAAACCUCGCAGAUCUGAAACAGCGGUAUACUUUGCAAGAGGUUCUGGUGAUUGGUCAAAGGUGGAAUUCAUGUCUCGAAAUGGACAUUGGACUCACGCACCGACAUGGGGAGACAAUCAUAGCCUCGGAGAAGAAGUAAUGCGAUUCACAAAUCCAUCCCAACAACAGCAGACACGCACGGUGCCCAUUCAAGCAAUUCGACACGGUGGACAUCGUCGCCCCGGUAUUCCCAAAUUAGGGCUGCCUCCUCGCCCCACCCGUUCCAGUGCUCCAAGGCAAGUGACCAAUCCUUCGACUAAAGCAGCUACAACGUCGAUUCAACAAACUUUCUCCAUCGAAACUCCCGACGUUUUGGGAGACGACGACCUCAAGCUUGUUAGUUUAGGUCCCUCCUUGGCCGUUGCCUUGUACGAUCAACUCUUUCUUUGGAGUCAGAAUGGCCAAGGCAGCGCCGAACUGUUCACUUGUACAGACGAUGGAGCGCCGAUUUCUUGCGUGGAAUGGCAAGAUCGAACCAUGGUCCCAACCAACCAACACGUCCCGCUGAUUGCCGUGGGACUCAAGGGAGUAGUGGAAGUCUGGACUGUGGAAGAAGACGGCCAUGUGAUUCAAGCGUUUCAGGACUGCCACGAAGGAUUCAUCACGGCUAUCUCCUUUAAGAACGACAAGAUAUUGGCUGCUAGCAAGUCGGGGAUUCAAAGACAUGUGCUCGAUCGGGGAGCCAAGGAGUCCACUGUCUAUCAGUAUCAGGACGGUCACGGAGGAGAGCGCAUCACAAGCCUCUGUUGGAGUGAUAAGGGUGACAUGUUUGUGUCUGCAGGUAAUGGUGUCAUUCAAGUGUGGGACGCCGUCCAAACUGGAGAGGCCAUUCAACCCUUGUGGACAUGGCAUCAUCUUGGGGUACGGUGCGUUGCCUUUUCUCCAGGACACCACCACAACAUUUUAGUGUCGGGCGGUGAAGGAGGCCUCAAGUUUUGGAAUUUACGGAAUGGUGAAUUACGAAGUUUCCUAGCCGUGGAUGGAAUCCACAAUCCUGUGACGGGGAUUGUUUGGUCUCGGCCAACGGAAGUGUUGAUCUCCCAUGGCAGUUCCCUGUCUUUGUGGAACCCCGAUCGAGAAACCAAGUUGGUUCAAGUCGACACGGAUCAAGGAAAGAUACUUUCUAUGGACGAUGGUCCCAAUGGAAGCAUCGUUUGCAUCCACGAAGACGAAGUGGUUGUUGGCUACUCGAUAACGGGUGGUUCCAAGAUGGCCCAUCAGAGCAGGGGAAGCGUGCGUAGAGCGGGUUUGUUUUCGUAA